CCGGGCGGUGCGUGCCGGCCGCGGUCCGGGCGGCUCCCGCGCCCCCGGUGGCGCGGAGUUCCCCCUUCUCUUCCCCUCCGCCGCCGCCGCCCUCGUUCUCCCUCCGCCGCCGCCGCCGCCGCCUCCUCCGCUCCCGCCCGCCGGCGGCACGGUGGUGCCCUUCCGCCUCCGCGGGGAGCCGCCCUAGCCUGGCCGCCCCGCGGGCACCCGGCCUCCGCGGGGGCGGCGGGCGGAGAAGUAAAACCAGGCCCCGGCAGGGACACGGGGCUGGAGCCGGAGCCGCCGCCGCCAGGGGAAGGAGAUGAUAGGUGGAAAUGAAUCCUGUACGGCAGGACCGAUACCUAUGUCCUACUUAACCUGCCUAACUUACAUUCUGGGAGAAUGGACUGGUGUGGAGCAUAUUGAAGAUUAUCUAAGUUAUGCAGUUUACCUUUUAUGGGUGCUUUUUCCACUCGCAGUAGUUUUUCUACUUCCGGGAGUUCUCAUCAUCCUCUUCUACACUUCCAUUCUCCUUCUUCAUAUUUAUAAAAGGAAGAAUGAACUAAAGGAAGCUUAUUCCAAUGAUUUUUGGGAUGGUGCAAAACAAAUGUUGGCUACCCUAUGGGAUGGACAUGGAAGAAUAUGGCAUGGUUAUGAGCUUCACGGUGCCGAAAAUAUUCCUGAAGGACCAGGGCUUAUUGUGUUUUAUCAUGGAGCUACUCCUGUUGACUAUGUCUAUUUCAUGGCUAGACUUCUUAUACAGUGGAAGAGAUACUGCCACGUAGUAGCUGAUCAUUUUGUCUUUAGAUUACCAGGUUUUAAAAUAUUACUAGAUGUACAUGGAGUUAUGCAUGGACCAAAAGAAGAAUGUGUUGGUGCUCUGAAGAAGGGCUGCCUGAUAGCCAUUGCCCCAGGUGGAGUUCGGGAAGCACUCUUUAGUGAUGAAAUGUAUACUAUUAUCUGGGGUAAUCGGAAGGGCUUUGCUCAGGUGGCCAUUGAUGCAAAAGUGCCCAUCAUUCCUAUGUUUACACAAAAUGUUCGAGAAGGCAUUAGGACAUUAGGAGGAAUAAAAAUAUUUAGGUCACUAUAUGAACGUAUUAGAUUGCCAAUAGUUCCUCUCUACGGUGGAUUUCCAGUUAAGCUUCGUACAUUUGUUGGAGAACCCAUUCCAUACGAACCAGAUAUAACUGCUGAGGAACUAACUGCAAAGACAAAAGCAGCACUCCAAGCUCUAAUAGAAAAACAUCAGAAAAUACCAGGAAAUAUAUUUAGGGCUUUAAUGGAACGAUUUCAAACACAAAAGAAAGAAGAAUAAGGUCUUCUGAAUAAACUACUAUUUAGUUAUAAUAUUCUCAAAGUCAUAUAUGUAACUUAUUCAUUCUUCUAAUGAUAGGUUUUAAAUACUGUUCUAAUGAUACUGUUGUAUAGUUUCAGAUAUACACUUUCCCUUGCCCUUCCCCCUUCCCAGUAUCAAGCUCAGGAACCCAAACUUCAAAUAAUUUGUAAUGGGGCAAAACUUAGUUUUUGAUAAAUGCAUUCCUACCUUGAAAGUGUUUGGGGUUUUUGUGUUGUUUUGGUUUUUUUUUUUUUUUGUUUGUUUGGUUGUUUGGUUGGUUUUGUUUUGGUUUGGUUUGGUUUGUUUUUUCCAAAAUUACACCGCAAUUCUUUAUGUACAUGGUCUCUUGUCUUUUUGUUUGCUUCUUUGUUUUCCCCCCCCACCAUUGCUCUUUAACCUGAAUGUUAGACUGCUGUGGAGCUAGGAUUUUACUGUCUUGAUCAUCAUCACUGUAACUAGUUUUGCAGGCCAGAUUAAUGCUGUUCAGCAUUUCUGAAAACUUUCUUUAGGUUGUUACUAUCAUGCUGCUGGAAGACACUCAGCCUUCUGUGGCCUGCAGAACCUCUAGCUAUGCCUGCAAAACCUACGGUAGAGAGUGUUUAGUUUUACUGGGUAAGUUCAGAAGGAGUUUGGAGGAGUGAAAACUGGUAAGAGAAUUGCAGUGAACCAGGGAAGUGUGUUACAGAAACCGCUCCGAUGCUAUGAAUUGAGAACGCUGCAGCACAGCUGCUAUUCCGAGCCAAGCCAUGUCGGGUAUCUGCCCUUGAGUAGAGAAUUGUCCCCUAUACUUCUCUGUGAAUCUGCAAAUUCUCUUUUGAAACAAUGGGCCAAGCAUUUGAGCUUUAAGAAGUGGAAAUGAGAGUACUGUUUAGUAAUGAGCUCAUAAAACUUUAUUUUGAAGGACUGAAAAAAAUAACAACAUUCCUCUUAAAAGUAGUAGUUCUUAUCAAAAACAGGGUAGCCAUUGCCAAAUACCCUCUAAGUCUAGUAUAUGUGUAAACUGUUAAACAUCCAUAUUCUUCAAACACAGUCAUUUAUGUAAGUUAAUAAUCAGGGUUGAGAGGGAAAUCCUAUAUACUUUCCUUAAGUAAAAACAAUUGAAUUAACAUGUAAGAGUUGCAGGUUUCAGCUUUUGUGCACUUACAGUAAAUUAUAUUAUUAUGUUUUUUCUUAACUAAAGCCUAUGCUUUUAUUGUCCCAGUAGGAAAUAUCUGAAAUAUUUCUUCUGAUUGCCAGCAAGUUUAAUCUGCAGUUCUUAAAUUAACAUCUGGGAACUCUUUAGUUUUGGGAUGAGAACAAAUUCCUUAAGGAGAGACAAAAGAGGUUUUUGCUGUAUUACAUGAUCUCCUUUCAGUAUUGUUGGGGUUUGACCUUUUCUUAAAAAACAAAAACAAAAGCAGAACGAAACAGCAAAAAUCCCCCCCAACUUUUGAAAGAGCAGUUGUAUUGUUUAUUCAGUUUAGUAUCCAUUUCUCUCACCAUUUAAGCACAUGCUUUGCUUUAUGCUCUUUGAAAUGUGUAAAUUAGUGAGGUUACAUAAGUGAAUGUGGAUGAUGCCCUAUGUUAGAAAAAUAUCAUUUUAUGGGAAAGAAUCUAUAAAUUAUCAUUUACAAAAAGCAAAAAGCUUACUUAUGAUGUUAUUUUAUAUCAAAAGCAUUUUAUGUGGUGUUGAAUUACAUUUUUUUUAAAGCUUGGGGAAGAAUCAUAUUAUAUAAAAGCAAAUGCCCAUUCUGAAAUUUUUUAAAUGACUUGGGGUUUUUUUGAAGGCAAGAUUGUGUUAUUUUUAAUUUAUUGGAAUGUUUUUUAAAAAUAUUAUGUUAACAGUAAAAGCGAUAAUGCCAAAUUCCUGCAUCAGACUAUAACUUAAGUAUGACUGGUUUUACUGUCCCUCGUGAGGAGAAUGUACAUCAGUCUGUAUUGUGAAAUUCUCAGAGGCAGCUGAACAUAUGUUGUGUUGAGGUUGCAUAUAUGUAAAAGAAAACUCAGUCUAAAAGGUUCUGUUAGACAUGAACAGACAUUGGUGAUCUGAGAUUUUGUAAAAUUUAUUUUACUAAAUAUGUGGGCUGUUUGAUGCAGUUUUGUCUGUUUAAGUAUUGAAAGAUGAGUAUAAAAAAUGAAGGGCAGUAUUGGUACUCUUUAAGUGUUCAUAUUUGUAUAGGCCUUUCAUAUUUAUUUCUAUAUAUAUAAAAAAUGUAUAGAAGACACCUUUCAAAUAAAAUUGACAACUGGAACAGGC